AUGGAGCCGUGUCGAUCCCGCCGUCAACGUCUCAUCUCCUUUUCCACAAAACACAACAUGGAUUCCCAACCGCCCACAAAGACCGUCAAGAAGAUCGCGCAUCCUAUAGGGAUCCGACAAGAGCAUAUCGCCGAAGAAGAAACUCUGCUGUAUCUGCGACCAAGAUAUGACCCGCACUCGCCGGAUGAAUAUACACUGAAGAGAUACUGGGACGACUCCACCAUCUUCACAGUCACAGGUCGCAAAUACGGCGAUACCAGGGCGCGCGAGUUCCGCGAUGCAUCAGGACUCCCAAUGUUCGAGUCGCGGCCGACUUCGUUAGCAUGGAGACGACCAUUACUCGUGCGGUUACCGGGCAAAGAAGACGAAGAGCUGGUAGACUUCCGAAUGGGCUGGGAAGGCUACACGCUCAAAUUUCGCAAUGCAGCAUCUCGAGACGAGAAGGAUGUGACGAUCCAGGUGCAAGUAAUAGAGUCGAUGGCGUACACGGAAUAUGCGGUCAUAGUGGAUGGCCAGAGAGUCGUUGAUGUGCGUGAAAGCUUGACGAUGAACAAAUCUCUCCCCACAGCCAGAGCCAGAGCUGCAAGCAAUCACUCGCUACUACCGCGACAGAUAUUGGAAGUACUUGUCGCGGAGAAUUUUGACUUAUCACUGGCUGCUCUUAUUGCUGUUCAUAUGGCAGAUACGAAGUUCAGCUCUUUCUUACUUCCGCGGAGGUCGACGUGA